UGCUUAUAUACGGUGAUAUCCAAAAAAUAGAUCUACCCGGUCGGAAUUCGGUAGAGUUGAUUUCUAUCUCAAUUUACUAUUAUGAACCAAUUUUCACUAUGAAAUAUUGAAAAUUGCUUCUAUUUAUUACAUAAAGAGAUUCAAGUUUCCUUGGAACGGUUUGCCACAGCUGAAUCAAAUUUUUCAUACCAAUUUAGAAUAUCAAAGUACUAUAACACAGCGAGUUCUAUCGGAAAAUUUUGAAAAUCGCGAUAUUUUGCUCGCGAAAGCAGACCGAUCCGAAACAUUUUCAAUAGCGUUUGUCACGUCAGUGUAUAAAAUUUCAUCAAUAUAUUUCAAAAAUUGUGACCUGUAGUUUAAAAAUAAAUCUACAUGGACAGGCAGAUAGACGGGCAGACUAGCUUAGAAAAUCGUUCUAAAUCGAUCAACAUAAUAAAAGGUGCGUCUCUAUUAAGUCCUUCUGUCUUGUUAACGUAAAACCAAUCAGGACUUUUACUGAAUUUAUUAGUUAAUUUAUUCAUUUUUUUGACCAGCUUCUCAGCUCUAUCUCAUACAUAUAUCGAUUAUUGUUAGGCAAGAUAUGGCGGUGAUAAAUGAAAAUAUUUGUUGGCAGAUCAAAUUAACAACUUAGGACUCACAUUUCAAAAUUUUACAAUUAUUCCGUCCUUGUAAAAUUCAAAAAACGGAUAUUUAUAUGAAUGAAAACAAACAUAUGUGCAUUACAAGUUACUUUACGACCGUUUUAUGUACAAAUAUACGAAAGCUAACAGAAAAAAAAAUUAUAUUCGACCGCAACCGAGUAUUUUAUACCCACGAUCGUUAUCCGUCGUAUACCGUCAUGACAUCCGUUAUAUUGAAUUUAGAAUUAACAUAUUUUUAGUCAGAUAAUAUAUCGUCAGGUGAGCUUUCUGUCUCGUUUAUCUUAUGAGUAAUAAGCAGAAAGCAUCAAAAAAUUGAAAAGACCAUUUAUAACUUUGUGUAAACUUGGCCGAUUCUUUCGGUUUAUAAGCAACGCCCACAAGACGAAAUUGCCUUGUUUUUUGAAAACAGAGGUGCUCUCAAAUUAUAUUUUACUGUGGUUGUAUCCUUUCAAUGUUUCUGCCGAGUUUAAAACCGAUAGCUUUUUGUGAACUGGGGAGGGUAUACCACAGACGUUGCACGGACAGACAGACAGGCAGAGGAACAGACGGACAUGCUUAAAUCACCUUAAAAUUUGAUGUUGAUUAAGAAUAUAGAAGUGUCUACAUCUUCCUUCUGAGCGCUGUAAAUAUUUUGACAAAAUAAAUGCACCCCUCAUCCUUCGGUGGUGGGUAUAAAAAAUUAAUUUGACUAAAUUUUAAAUACUGUUCUCUUAAGAAAGCUUCAAAUGAUGGAUUUUCUAUUAACUGUGAACAUCAGAACAAAUAGAACUUUUCUACACGAAUUAUAUUUUAAAGGCUUUUAUAAACAUUGGCGUCGAUAAGACCGUGUUUUAGAUAGAAAUAAUGGAAUGUUCUUCCGUAUAUUCAAAAAUUGUGCACAUCUCAGCUAUAUUAGUAUUAAUAUACUUUAGAGGGAGAGAGAUAUAUGUUUAAAUGUAAAGGUUUAUUGAAUCUUCUAUUCUUAUAGUGAACGCCUUUGGAAAGGUACUAUGCAUAAAUGCAAAAUCAAAGCAACUAAGAGAAAAACUAAACGCGAGGAAGAAAUUGCAAUUAUGUUGAACGUCAACAAUUUCCCCUUGAAAUAUCAGAUGGAGUGCACGGUAAAAUAAUUAUACCGGAAGACAUUGGCAUAAUUAUAAGAAAUCCUCUCUUUGCACGCUUAAAGUCGAUACGUCAAUUAGGUUUCCUUAACUUCCGCUCUAAAAUGGAUGAUAGAAUAAUUGAAUGCAGCCGUUAUGAACAUUCCAUUGGAACUUAUUAUUUGGCCUUAAAAGCUAUAGAAGCUAGUGAAAGAAAUACAGAAUGGAUUAAAAGUAAUCAAGUUGGAGGCAAAAUUCCUGCGUUGUACAGAGACGCUGUCUUGUUGGCCGCUCUUUUACACGAUAUAGGCCAUGCGGCAUUUUCGCAUAGCUGGGAAGACGUGGAUCCGAACUAUGACCAUGAAAUGACAAGUUGGAAAUUGAUUGAUAAAAUAUUUACAGAAAACUGUGAAAUUUUUUCUCAUUUACGUGACAAUUCAAAUUACGGCAUCGAUUUAAUAAAAGCUUUAAUAACUGGUCAUCGUAAGCAUUUCUCCCAUUUCCUUCCGGAUCAAUAUCGUUUCAUCUUUGAGUUUGUUAGUAAUAAAUAUUGUCAAAUUGAUGUUGACAAAUGGGAUUAUCUUAAACGUGACGGACGCGUGUUUGGAGAAGAGUCGCUCACCGAUUUCGAAGACGUGUUCUUGAAUGCCCGCGUCACUGAAGACGGCAACCAUAUCGAAUACUUAUGCUCUGAUCGGUAUAAAAUCAUUCAAUUAUUUACCACAAGGUGGAGAUUUUAUAGAGACUAUUAUUGUCAAACUCAUAACAUCAUUUCCAAUGCUAUAUUCAAGAAAAUUAUUAGACGAAAUUUUACGUUAAGUGAAUUGGAAAAGUGUUAUCAAGCUGACACCUUUUUGAACUUCAUUGAUGAAAAAAUACUCUCAGCGGUCAAAAAUGAUUCUUUAACGAGAUUUCUCAAUAAAUCCGUAGCAUAUAAAGAAAUACCUUCAAAGAAAUUCAAAGCGAUUUGCGAAUGUUUGCCUAAUUCGUAUGCUGAUAGUGAAACCUUUCACAUACAACCGGUGUCGAAGUAUUUCCCCAAAAACAAAGUGUGCUUAUAUCCAGAUCGGGGUAAUUUUGAUACAAUAAGUGAUGAAACGAUUUUUAUAAAAAAAACUAUUAAUUUUGUUUGCUCGGAGAGUGAUAAUGUUAUCUAUUUUAAUAUAAAGGAUGAAACUAAAUACUUCCAACAGGAUCUUUGCCUAGACGCUUAAAGAAAAUCCAGCUGUGCCGAUAGCUAAAUUUUAUUUAUGCUUAACCAAGAUUAGCUAUGCCAGUAAAAGCGCAUAAAAACUGCCCUCUUUGGAAAGCCUUAUCUUGGACUAGCAUCUUUCAGAAGAAUAUUCUACAUAAGCUAACAUAUUAGUAAAAUGAAUUAAUGAAAUGAUGAUAAGUUAUUUUACUCGAUAUGCAGGAUAUAUUUUCAUAAUCAUUUAAUAAGUUUUUCAAAUUUUUUUUUCCAUUUGUUUAUCUAUUUUCUCC